UCACGAUCUAGCUUCCACCAUCAAAAGCCAGUAAGGGAGUUUGCUGUCAUCACUCAUUUCUGAGCUGUAACAAAGGCUGUGCUGUUGAAUCCCUCUCGCUCGAUCUUGACGCUCAUUUUCUUCGAUUUGAUACGUGCUCGAGCUUAACUUUGGCCCAGCAUGGAUGCCACAGCAUAUACCGUCGUCGCACCUCUCGACGAUGGAAUGGAAUUGCAAGCUUCCGAUUUACAGCAAAUUCUACAAAAAGCUGAUGAUGAUACAAAACUUGAAACGCUUCGAAGAAUUAUCGUCUCUACCCUUAAUGGUCAACCUCAACCAACACUUUUGAUGCCAAUCAUUCAAUAUGUCCUACCGAGCAAGAAUAAACAACUCAAAAAGAUGUUGCACUUUUACUGGGAGGUCUGCCCAAAGUACGAUGACCAAGGGAAGCUCAAGCAAGAGAUGAUCUUGGUGGUGAAUGCUAUCAGAAAUGACCUUCAGCAUCCCAACGAAUACAUUCGAGGAUCUACACUCCGUUUCUUGCAAAAGAUCAAAGAGCCCGAAUUGCUGGAAGCCUUGAUUCCCUCCGUUCGACAAUGUUUGGAACAUCGCCAUUCGUACGUCCGCAAAAAUGCCGUAUUGUGUGUUUUGCAAAUUUACUCUAGACACGAAGCCAUGUUCAGUGACGCACCCGAAUUGAUGGAAACCUUUUUGGCCUCGGAACAAGAUGCAACUUGCAAACGUAAUGCAUUCAUCUUGCUUUGCAACGCGGCCACAGACAAGGCUGUCGAAUAUUUGAUGUCUGUAUACGAAUCGAUCCCGACUAUGGAUGAGCUCAUGCAGCUAGCUGUCAUUGAGCUCAUUCGUAAGGAAUGCAAACCCGACAGCCCAAACAGGACCAAGUACAUUCGCGCAAUCUCGGAACUCCUCUCUGCAACAUCGCAUGCUGUCAAGUAUGAGGCAGCAAUCACUCUCACUUCUCUCACCCAGAAUCCCGCUGCAAUCAAAGCAACUGCAUCGGCUUUGAUCGAUUUGGUUGUUCGUGAAUCGGAUAAUAACGUCAAAUUGAUCGUCCUAGCAAGACUGGACGGUCUACGUUCGCGUCACGAGCAUGUUAUCGACCCGGCCGUCAUGGACUUGUUGCGUGUCUUGGGAAGUCCCGAUAUGGACGUUCGUCGUCGUGCUUUGGGUAUUGCAUUGGAAAUGGUCUCAUCACGCAAUAUCGAAGAAGUUGUGCUAUUCUUGAAGAAAGAAUUGAUGAAGACAGUAGAUGCUGCUGGCGGUUACGACAAAAACAUUGAGUAUAGACAAUUGCUCAUUCAAUCCAUUCACACUUGUGCCAUCAAAUUCAGCGAAGUUGCAUCGAAUGUUGUGCACGUUUUGAUGGAAUUCUUGGGAGACUCUUCCAACCCAAGUGCAGUGGACGUGAUCAGCUUUGUUCGUGAAGUUGUAGAAAAGUUCCCCGACCUACGUUCGAGUAUUGUGGACAAGCUCCUACGGACGUUUGGAGAGAUCAAGAGCGGAAAGGUCUUCAGAGGAUCACUGUGGAUUGUGGGUGAAUACUGCGAGACAUUGGAAGAUGUUAAAGAGGCCAUGCAACAAAUUCGCCGGGUUAUCGGAGAGAUUCCAAUCCUGGCAGCAGAAGAGAAACUCCUACAGCGUGCAGAGAACGGCGGAGAAGAAGAGGAAGAACGUCGUCUCAAGGAUGAGAUUGCAGCAACAGGAAAGCCUGCCAAUCGCGUCAGAGCCGAUGGAACUUAUGCCACAGAAACUGCAUUCUCAUCAGAAGCCAGUGCAACUGCGAGAUUAGACGCUGUCAAGAAUGCUUCCAAGCCACCCCUUCGUUCAUUGAUUCUUUUGGGCGACUUCUACACAGCAACCGUGCUUGCUUCAACCCUCACAAAGCUUGUUCUGCGUUACUUUGAGUUGAGCUCUGAUGCACAAAGCAAGAAUGCUCUGCGUGCCGAAGCAAUGCUUAUCAUGACCAGUGUUGUUCGUGCUGGACAAUCCAAAUUCGCACAAGCACCGAUCGAUGAAGACAGUAUUGAACGUAUUAUGACUUGCGUUCAAACACUAGCAACUAUCAAGGAAGAUAAGGAUGAAGAGGCAGUUGAUGUAUUCUUGAAAGAUACCAAACAAGCAUACUCCAAGAUCAUACAGGCAGAAGAACGGAAGAAUGCAGAAAAGGCAGCAAGAGAUGUUGCGAUCAAGGUGCAACCUGAUGACGUCGUACCUUUCCGUCAGCUAUCAAAGAAAUCGGCCACUGCAACAUUGGUUGAAAACAAUGCUGAAGACUAUGAGUCAGAAUUGAACAAGGCUACUGGCUCUUCCAAAACCCACAAAGAUGAUUUCAUUAGCAAGCUUCAACGCGUGGUCCAGCUUACAGGGUUUUCCGAUCCGGUUUAUGCGGAAGCAUACGUCAACGUUCAUCAAUUUGAUAUCUUGUUGGAUGUUUUGGUUGUUAACCAAACUGCUGAAACGCUGCAAAAUCUCACAAUCGAAUUCGCAACAUUGGGAGAUCUCAAACUUGUCGAGAGACCUGCAAAUUACACCUUGGCAGCAUAUUCUUACCAAUCGAUCAAGGCUACCAUCAAGGUUUCAUCGACGGAAACUGGUGUGAUCUUUGGUAACAUCACCUAUGAAGGUGCUGCAGGAACAGGAACGGCAUCUAGCGGAGACUCCAAGUGUGUGGUGCUAAACGAUAUUCACAUUGAUAUUAUGGACUAUAUUCACCCAGCCACAUGUACUGAGGGUCAAUUUAGGAGUAUGUGGACCGAAUUCGAGUGGGAGAACAAAGUUAGCGUCAAUACGAACAUCAAGGGACUACGGACAUACCUGGAUCACAUUCUUAAAUCGACAAAUAUGGCAUGUUUGACGCCCGAUGCAAGCUUAGCAGGCGAAUGUGGUUUCUUGUCUGCUAAUUUGUAUGCAAGAUCACUGUUUGGUGAAGAUGCUUUGGCCAAUUUGUCCAUAGAAGAAUUACCCGAUCAAACUAUUCAAGGUCAUGUGCGUAUCCGUAGUAAAACACAAGGUAUUGCACUUAGCUUGGGUGACAAGAUCACACUUGCGCAAAAAGUUAUCAAGGAGUAGAAAAAAUAAAAGUUUAAGUCAUGUAUACAACAAUCCUUUUACGUCUUUUUUAUUAUAUUCAUAAUAUGAACAACUUUUGCA